AUGGCAGUUCAAUGGCUUGGUUUUAAAGGGAAAGUUUAUCAGUUAAUUCGUGAUAACUCAAUUAGAAUGAAGGGUCAUAUGUAUAAUAAUUUAGAGGAUCUGCGCAUUUUGAACUAUUUCAAGGUGCGGCAUAGAUCGUGCAAAACAUCUACUCCAAUUGAAGUUAGUUGGAAUCCUCAUAAUCAAGAUGAAAUCAUGAUCUGUUGUGAUGGUGCGUCUUUUGGAAAUCCAGGCCAAGCAGGUUCUGGUGUUGUUUUCCGUGGUGCAAACUCGGAAGUGCUUGGUGUUCUUUGUGUUGGUCUUGGUUGGCAAACCAAUUACUAUGUUGAAGUUUGUGCAAUUAUUUAUAGUGCGAUGUUGGCCAAGAGAUGUAAUAUGCGGAGUCUCUGCGUUCGUUCUGAUUCGAUGAGUUGUAUUCAAGCUUUUCAAAAGGGUGAACUUCUGUGGCAGCUGGUGCAGAAGUGGAAACUUGUGAAGUCUUUUUACAAAAAUAUUCGUUAUAGUCAUAGCUAUAGAGAAGUUAAUUUUUCAGCUGAUGUCUCAUCCAAGAAAGCAUGUUUGCUGGCUGAGGAUUUAUUUGAGUUUUAUGAGGGUAGGCCAGGCUUUAUUCCGUCUGUUGAAUGGCCUUGA